AUAGACAUUUUGUCUACUAUUGGCCAGGGAACCCUCUGCAUCUGCAUUAACUCUUUCCUGCGGCCACUUUCCCACAAUCCCUGCCUCUGUCGGUUCAUCCUCUGCACAACGCGGACUCUUACUUGAGGCCUUGAUUGCACUGUGGAUCAGAAUCAUUGAAGUCUUCGAUUUAUUCACAAAUAACAUUCAAAAGUUGGCUCCCAAAGUCAUAGGCGUCUCAGAGCAACUGGAGCAGUUCGUUUGGAUUGUAGAACUCCCAAACAUCCAAUGAACUUGUUUUGGACAUUUAUGCUACUCAUGGCGCCCAUUUCUUGGGGAACUUCCUGUCGAGAAGGUGAAAAACUUUCUCUCUUGCAGUUUAAGGAAGGUCUUCAUGGCCCUUCUGGUCGAUUGAAAACGUGGAAUGCCUCCACCUACUAUUGCGAGUGGGAGGGAAUUCUAUGUCACCGAGAUACAGGCCACGUCGUUCAUCUGGAUCUUCGGUAUCCUCGUGGCUACUAUGGUGAUUUUGGUUUGGGGAGAUAUGCCAGUGAUGAUGUUCUUACCCCUGCAAAUAGACAUGAUGUGCUUUUGCCCUUGUUUAAUUUAACAAUGCUAGAACACUUGGAUCUGAGUUACAAUGACUUCAUUGGUGUUGGUGUCCCUCACCAAUUUCAUAUGCUGAAUAAACUGCAGUAUUUGAACUUGUCAAAUGCUGGAUUUGUGGGUAUCAUCCCCAGGGAGUUGGGCAACAUGUCAAGAUUGCGCUGCCUGGAUCUUUCCACCGAAUACUACAUUUCCGAUUCCUCACAAUUGAGAACAUGCAGAUGUGGAUAGGAAACCUGGGAGAUUUAGAGGAGCUGCUGCUGGCCGGGGUGGAUAUGUCGCUUGUGGCAAGCGAUGAAUGGGCCAAAGCUAUCUCCACCAUGUACAAUCUCAGGCGUCUUCAAAUGUCCAACUGUGAGCUGUCUGGACCGAUUCCCACUUCCCUUGCGAAUCUUACCCAUCUAACCCACCUCCAACUUAGUCAAAAUUGAAAAUUUCUUCUUCUCGUCCAUACCUGCUUGCUUACAGAACCUUUCCAAGUUGGUUUCUCUCAAGCUUGGUAGCUGUGAGCUCAAGGGUUCCAUCCCUUGUGAUCUGUUAAGCCAUCCAAAUCUGCAAGAAUCUGACUAGUCUGCCAAUCUGGAAUUGGGAGGGAACCUGACUUGUUCUUUCAGCAACAAUUGUAGCAGGAGGUAUUCCAGAUUCAAUUGCCAACAUGUCCUCAUUAAUUCUCUUGGAUGUCUCCUACUGCUUACUGCAAGGUAUGCUUCCUUCCACUAUUGCAAAUCUUUCAAGGCUUGUAAAGUUGGAUAUCUCAUCGAACAACUUCCAAGGGAAGAUCCCGCCGUUUGGGGCUAGGCCUUCACUAGGAAAGUCGUUUCCUUCAGCCUAUAUUGAUCUUUCAUACAACAAAUUGGAGGGCUCCAUCGCCCCCAUUCUGUUGGGUGCAUUUGGGAAGCUCAGCUACGUCAGAUUGAAUCAGAACCGAUUGACCGGCGGCAUUCCAUCCCCUUCCCGGAAUCUUACCUCUCUCGCAUGGCUUUAUCUGGGCAACAAUCAACUAAACGGCAGAAUUCCUUCCUUAGCCAACCUAAAGUCCCUUAUCGAGCUUGAUCUGAGUAAAAACCUCUUGAGUGGUAAAAUCCCGGCUUCCAUAGGUCAGCUAUUUUCUCUCCGGACACUAUAUCUCAGCAGCAACAUGUUAAGUCAAGCCAUACCUCGCAACAUUUCAAAUCUAUCCAAACUUCAGGUUCUUUCCCUGUCCUCAAAUCGGUUAAGCGGGAACUUCUCAGAGUCGUUUAUUCUUAAUCUGGACAGCCUUGUCUACAUGGAUAUUUCCAAUAACAUGCUAACUGUGAAAAUGAGUCCGACUUGGAUUCCAAAAAACUCUUUUAGGACAUUGAAUUUAAGAUCGUGCAAUAUGGAAGGUGAGUUACCUGCCUUCCUAACAACUCAGUUUGACAUUUCUCGUUUGGAUUUGUCCGAUAACAGAUUAUGGGGCAAAAUCCCUACGUGGAUAUGGGAUUCUCCUGCUCUUGUCGAGCUCAACCUGUCUCAUAAUCACUUCACAGGUGUUUUACCUUCAAAACUAACGAACCGCCCACGAUUAAAGGUUCUGGACUUGCAUUGCAAUAAUUUACAAGGUCCUCUUCCGCUUCCUCCUCCUUCAGUGGUUGUAUUGGACCUGUCAGAAAAUCACUUUUGUGCAUCCAUUCCACCUGAAACUGGCGAGUAUAGAUUCAGCUAUCUAUCUCUGUCUCACAACAAUCUCAGUGGUAGAGUUCCUUCUACAAUAUGUGAUCAAAGGUCUAUGCAGAUUCUGGAUUUAUCAUAUAAUAGACUUGCAGGUAAGAUUCCUGUAGGUUAUGUAAAUUGCAGUAAUCUUGAGGUAUUGAAUUUGGAGGAAAAUUUCUUAGAAGGCCACUUACCAGCAGAGUUGGGAAACAUGAGUUCACUUCAAACACUAAAAAUCAAUCGAAAUCGUCUGAAUGGGGUUCUGCCAGUAUUUGCAAAUUGUACAGAGUUGGAGAUAUUGGAUGUUGGGGAUAACGAUCCGACUGGGAACAUCUCUUCAAAUUGGCUUCUAAAGCUUCCUAAUCUUAAGAUUUUGAUCUUAAGAUCAAACAGAUUUUAAGGAACUGUAGCUGAAGAUAUAAGCAAAUUACCAUUUCUUCAAAUAUUAGACCUUUCAAUGAACAGGUUUUCAGGAGUAAUUCCUGACAGCAUUUCAGAGAUGAAGAGCAUGGCAAACGACUCCAUGAACGCAGAAGUCUUUGAAUUUGGAUCAUGACAGAGUUAACCUAUGUAGAGAAAAUAAUCAUCAGAAGCAAAGGAUCGGAGCUCCAGUUUGCGAGAGCUUUGAGUUUGGUAAAAUGCCUUGAUCUAUCAAGCAAUAAAAUAGGUGGCUCUGUUCCCGGGGGCAUGGGAUCUCUCAUUGGUUUGAUUGUUCUAAACAUUUAAAGAAACAAUAUUAGUGGUGCUAUCCCCGAGUCCUUGGGAAGAAUGGUACAGCUAGAGUCCCUUGACCUCUCACGAAACCAACUCUCUGGAAUUAUUCCUUUAGAUUUGAUCAAUCUGACAUUCCUAAGUGUUCUAGAUGUGUCCUACAAUCAUCUAACAGGAAUAAUCCCACAAGGGAGGCAGUUCGCAACAUUUGAAGCCUCAGCUUUCUCAAAUAAUUCAGAUCUAUUGGGCUUCCCACUGAACGCCUCUUGUGGCAACCUUGAGCUCAGAAAGCCCUCCCACAAUGCAGAAUGUCAAUAGAAGCAAAAGUGAUGAAGAGGAUGAUGAAGAAAAGGAUGUGUGGUGGGGAUUGGGAGUAGGACUUAGCUUUGCAGUUGGGUUUAAUAUUGUUAUUGGAGUGUUGUGUUUUACCACAACAUUGAGCAGAAAGUGCUUACAGCUGAUGGACUGUACCAUCGUUUAUCUCUUUGAAAGUUUCAGAAACUAAGUCAAGUCUUGGUUUUGUGACAGAUAUUUUUUGAGCUCUACUAUCUCUCAUUUGCUUAACUACAUAUUUUUUUAAAAGGCAGGCUAAGAGCUGGAGUGCAGCCAAGAUUGGAAAGGUGGUUUUAAUCCUGUUUAGCUGUGUCUUGGGUUUUCAAAUUGUUUCAUCUCAUUUUGUAAUAUUUUAUCUAAGUACUUUAGAUUUAAGAAAAAAAAAAAAAACUAAAGAUUUUGGCUAAAGUUUUAA